AUGACAACCAUUUCAAUCAAAAUCAAACAUGGAACAGAUCAAAUCGAAGUUAUAGAAAUCGACCCUAAUGUCACAGUGAAAGAAUUAAAGGAGAAACUCACUCCCAAAUUUAACUCAGAGCCUUCUUAAAUGAAGAUUAUAUUUCAAGGUAAAAUACUAAAAGACAAUGACAUCCUUUCAAACGUGAAUGUGAAGACUGAUUCUACCAUGCAUCUAGUUGUUACAAAAUAACAAACCUAACCUCCUUAAUAAGUUCCACCUUAAUAAUAAUAAUAAUAAUAGGCCUAAUAACCCGUAGGAGGAUAAUAAUAAGGUUAAGGAUUAGGAGGUGCAGGCGGUGCAGGUGGCAUGGGAGGCUUCGGUGGAAUGGGAGGUCUCGGUGGAAUGGGAGGUCUCGGCGGAAUGGGUGGAAUGGGAGGACUCGGUGGCCUCGGAGGAAUGGGAGGAAUGGGUGGUAUGGGAAUGGAUCCAUAAAUGAUGAUGUAACUUCUAUCCAACCCAAUGUACCAAGCAUAAAUUUCACAAGCAUUGUAAAAUCCACAAAUAAGAUAACAAUUAAUGUAACACCCUAUGAUGGCUUAAAUGAUUUAGUCUAACCCUUAAAUUUAAUAAAUAUUUGAUAAUCCUUAACUCUUUUAAAUGUUCCUGAAUCCUUAGGUAAUUUAGAUGGCCCUAUAAUAAAUGGGUGGAAUGGGAGGCAUGGGAGGCAUGGGUGGCCUCGGAGGAAUGGGAGGCCUAGGUGGUUUAGGAGGAGUUGGAGAUCAGCAGAAUCCUCCAAAUCCUAAUAAUGCAUAAGUGCCUCCACCAGGUAGUUAAAACGCUUAGAAUCCCAUGGCAGGUUUUGAUAUACAGAAUUUAAUGAAUUUGAUGGGAGGAGGCAUGGGUGGCUUGGGUGGUGCUCAAUAAACACCUGAGGCUGCUGAGUAGAAAUAUGCUACUUAAUUAUAAUAAUUGCAAGAAUUAGGCUUUACUAAUAAAUAAGUGAAUUUGGAGGCUUUGAUCGCCACUGGGGGGAAUGUUGAGGCUGCAGUUGAUAGAAUCUUAAAUAUGAUCGGCCCAUGAUAUAUUAUUAGAUUUUAUUCAUUAUGAAAUUUAUAUUAAAUAUAUUUAAAUAAAA